AUGAGCGUAGCGAGUGCGGCGGCGCAGGACGGCGUGCCUGCGCAGGAGGCACCUAUGUCUGCGCCACCGAUCCCCGAGGACGACAGCAGUGCGUCCGAGCUCUCUGACGAGAGCGAUCUCGACGCCGACGAGCUCAUGGCGCUCGGUACGGUCGACGACGCGGACUGGGAACUUUCGCGCGGCGAUUUUACGAAGCAGUACAACCGCGCGCGGCAGAUCGCCUCGGCGCUGCGGCACGAGCCCGAGGCGAAGCGCGACGACUCGGUCGCGCUGCCUGCGAUGAACCGCGCGCGCCCGCGCGCUCGUCCGGCGGCCAAGGCGCGGGACGCGGCCGUUGUCGACGACGCGCCCCCCGGCGAGGACCACGCGGCGCACGCAAGCAAGACGGCCGCCCAGAUCUCUGCGCUCGGCCAGUUUGCGUCGCGCGUGCAUAUUGAGGAGCAGUACGACCCCUCGCUGGUGGCGGGCGGCAGCGUCGACAGCCGUGUGCCGCGCAAGACCAACCGUACCGAGGUGAACCGGCGCAAAGACAAGGCGGACCGAGCGACGCUGCAGCAGGUGCUCGAUCCACGCACGCUGCUGAUUCUCUACAAGAUGAUCAAGCGCGAGCUGCUUGUGAUGGUCAACGGGUGCGUCAGCACUGGAAAAGAAGCGAAUGUCUACCAUGCCACGACGCCGCCGAGCGAGCCCGGCGCGCCCCAAGGCUCGGCAGCCAUCAAGAUCUACAAGACGAGUAUCCUCGUGUUCAAGGACCGCGACAAGUAUGUUUCCGGCGAGUUUCGUUUCCGGCACGGCUACAGCCGGCACAAUCCCCGCAAGAUGGUGCGUCUGUGGGCGGAAAAAGAGAUGCGCAACUUGAAGCGUCUCGUGAACGCGGAACUGCGUGCGCCCGCGCCGAUCGAGCUGCGCGACCAUGUGCUCGUGAUGGAGUUCCUCGGCGAUGCCGACGGGUGGCCGAGUCCCCGGCUGAAGGACGCCGAGUCGGCGAUUGGCCAAGGCGACUGGCCCCGGCUGUACCGCGAGCUGCUGGCGACGGUGCGCCUCAUGUUUCAUCGCUGCCGCCUUGUGCACGCGGAUCUGAGCGAGUACAAUAUCCUAUUUCACAAUGGGCACCUGUGGAUUAUUGACGUGUCGCAGUCCGUCGAGCACGACCACCCCCAUGCCUUUGACUUUUUGCGCGAGGACAUCUCGCAUGUCGAUGACUACUUUGCGCGGCACGGCGUCGCGACGCUGGGCUUGCGCCAGACCUUUCACUUUGUCGUGCGCGACGGCGCGCGCGGGCGCAAAGGCGGCGUCGCGGGUCUCGAGAAGCUUGCGGAAGCGGACGAGCAAGGCGAUGCGGCCGUGCUGGAUCUCACGACCGAGGCGGGCGACCAGGUCGAGACGCUCGCGUCGCUCGAGGCCGAGCUUGCGAUGCUGAUGGACGCCGCGGCGCAGGACGACGCGACCGAGCAGCACGAGCAUGAAGACGCCGUAUUCCGGCAGAGUUAUAUCCCACGCAACCUCGACGAGCUGUACGAUCCCGAGCGCGACGCAGCGAUGGCCCAAGCAGGCGAGGCGCAGGAGCUGAUCUAUGCCAAGACCUCGGGCCUCGACCAAGUGUACCAGAAAGAAAGCCAGGCGGGUGAGACGGGAAGCGAGGGAGGAGAUGAGGGAGAAGAAGAGGAAGAGGACGACGACGAGGGCGAAGACGACGACGAGGACAAAGACGACGAGGAGGACGACAGCGACGCCGACUCCGACUCCCUCGACCCUGACGCACGCAAGCAGCUCGAGCGGGAAUCGCGCAAGGAGCACAAAAAAGGAGUCAAGGCCGCCAACCGCGAGCGCCGCAAGACCAAGAUGCCCAAGGCGGAAAAGAAGAAAAAGAUGAAAAAGACGGGGCGGAAGAAGUAG